AUGGCUCCCCGCGCAGUCCACUUCAUCCGGCACGCCGAAGGCUACCACAACUCGCUCGAAGACGAAAACAUCCCCGACCCCGACCUCACCCCCAAAGGCAAACAACAAUGCAUGCACCUCUCCACCAUAUUCCCCUACUUCGACCGCAUCGACCUUGUCUGUGCCAGCCCCAUUCGUCGAGCCUGUCAAACAGCGCUUAUCAGCAUGCAACCCUACCUGCAAUCCGGCGAGCACAAAGUCCUCGCUCUCCCGCUCGCUCAGGAAGCGACCGAUAAGCCUGCAAACACUCCCAGUCCUGUUAAAGACCUGCAGAAAGAAUUCGGUGAUGCAGUCGACUUUCAUAGAUGUCUGGAUACGUAUGUCGACUACGACUCCAAGAAGGGCCGGUGGGCGCCCGAUGGCGAUUCGCUAAAAGCACGCGCGCUGGAGUUGCGCAGGUUCUUACGCGAUCGCGACGAGCAAGAGGUUGUGGUUGUGUCGCAUGGAGAUUUCUUGCACUAUGUUUCUGGAGAUUUGAACGAGGAUGGAAGUCAGCGGGGAGGGUGGUGGAAGAAUACCGAGUUUAGGAGCUUCAAGUUCUUUCCGGUCGGGCAUGAUGAGGCGUUGUUGCAGGAGACGGAGGAGAGUGUGAAGAUAAGGAAUGCGAGUGGACCGGGGAUGGAGAAGGGUUCGGCGGGGCCCGAGAAGGCGGACUGA